CCGCGGUGGGAGUUGAGCGCGCAGGGAAGCGGGACAUGCCGAGAGGAGACGCGGCUGCUGCAGGCUCUGUGUCCCGCCGCCGCCUCUAGCUUCAUCCCGCUGUAUCCGGAGUGGAACCAGGCGCCAGAAUUAAAAUGAUCUCUGAAGCUGAAAACUUCCUCACACUUGCUGGGAUCUUGAUCACUGCAGUGUCCUGUGAAGCCAUUGGACCUCCGUGGGUGAGUAACGUGGUGGAGGAGAAGCAGAUUGCACAGCUGGGUCGUAAUGUCCGCCUGCCAUGCCCUGUCGAAGGCAACCCUCCGCCCCUGCUGCUCUGGACGAAGGACGGACGAAACGUCAAUGCUGGCUGGAGCCGUUACCGUGUUCUGCACCACGGCCUCAAGAUCAAGAACGUGGAAGCCAAAGACGCCGGGGUCUACGUGUGCCAGGCAGCCAAUGGCUUCGGCAGCGUGUCUCUCAACUUCACCCUCACUGUCAUUGACAAUGCUGAGCCUCCUACCAAACCUCCUCCAAUCGCAGAGGAACCCUGCCUCAAAUCAGCACCAGUAGAUCAAGCCGGGCAGCCAUUAAAGCCACGCUUCAGCCAGCCCAUGAAGAUGCGCAGACGUUUUCGGGAACAGCCCGUAGGCAGCUCAGUGCGGCUAAACUGUGUGGCCACCGGAAACCCUCCGCCAUGCAUCACGUGGUGGAAGGACCAGGAGCAGCUUCCCGCUCCCACUCGGGCCAAACGACCACAGUGGACUCUCACUCUGAAGAAUCUGCAGCCACAGGACAGCGCCCGCUACACCUGCCGUGUCUUCAACACCGCUGGGCACAUCAACGCCACCUAUACGGUGGAGGUUAUUGAGCGUACAAGCUCCAAACCCAUGUUGACUGGAAGCCACCCUCUGAACACCACAGUGGAGCUUGGUGGCACAGCCUUAUUCCAGUGUAAAGUCCACAGCGAUGUGAAGCCUGUGAUCCAGUGGCUGAAGCGGCUCGAGCCGGGCACGGAGCGACGCUACAACGCCACACUGGAGGUUGGGGGUCAGCACUUCAUGGUAUUGCGCACCAAAGAUGCGUGGCCUAGGCCUGACGGCUCAUACCUCAACAAACUGGCCAUUGUCAAAGCCCGAGACGAGGAUGCUGGCAUGUACAUCUGCCUCGGUGCAAACUCUAUGGGCUACAGCUUCCGCAGUGCCUACCUCAAUGUUCUCUCAGAUCCCCAGGUGGAGAAGCCGGUCUCCCCAGCCCACCUGAGUUCUGGUCUUCCAUGGCCUCUGAUCAUCGGCAUCCCAGCGGCAGCUCUGCUCAUGGUUGGCACGAUCGUGUUGUGGUUGUGCCAUAGUCGCCUCCGUCAUGGCCCCUUACCCCGUCGGUCUGCACCCUACCGAGAGCGCCACGGCCCUGAUAAAGACCCCAGCAUCCCCAGAAGUGGGAGCCCUGACUUCCCAACCCACAGACUUAUGGGAAUGGGAUCCCCGGGCUUUGGUGGGCCUGCAAAAACUUACUCUAAGGUUUACACGGACAUGCAUACCCACACCCAUACGCACACACACUCGCAUGCUCAUGUGGAAGGGAAAGUGCACCAGCAUUUCCACUACCAGCGCUAAAAGGCUAAGCUCUGCCUCAAAUGUUAAGCUAACAAAGCUUAUGCUGCUAGCCUGCUUUACAUGGACAGUGGGUCUUCUGUUUAGGUCAGGAAGCUGGAUCUGAACUGCGUUACCCUUGAGCACUGACAGGAAUGUUAAAGGAAAGAAAGAACCAGCCAAUCGUGGAACAGUGUUCAUGCCAUAGAUGUUCUGGUGGACCGCGUUCACCUUGAAAAUUCUCAGGGCAGGAAGAGUCUUGUGUGUGUUUUUAAUGGACCCAAAUCAGAUUGUUUUGUAUUAAAAGGGUCAGAACUAUAAUUCAUUGCAGAUUUGAAACUGAACAAGGUCCUGGAGACCAAAAGUAAAGCCAAGACACUGACUGUACUGACUGUAGCCCACCUCCGAAAUCUGUUCACCAAUGGAAAGGGACCACAAGCUCAAUGCUGACCAGACAUUAUUUGGGUGGUGGUUCAUUCUCAGCUGUGACACUGACAUGGUAGUCUGAGUGGUUCUGGUAUGGGUGUAUGAAGCAUAGCAAUGUUACUAGGAUUUUAAAAACCUCACACAUGGGUGAGAACCAGUCCACCAACCAAAACUCUGCAGCCAACAGCAGUAUAUGGUCAGAAACUGAUGAAGCACGGAUGACUAAAAAAAUUUAGGACCCUUAAGGUUUCUCCAGAGGUUCCUCCGGUGGAAUCAUUAAAGUUUCCAUGUAGAACCAUAAAACAAUGUGCUUCCCCAUCAGAAAGGUUGUGUUUUCCAAACUGAAUGUUUUUUUAAGCCUAGAAUCACUGUCUUGGUACUUGGUUAAUACUUAGGAAAAAAUUGAGGGGUUGUUUAAAAGUCUGUUGGAUUAUUAAGGGUUCUUAGCCUCCCAAUAAACCUUUCCUGAGAGAAGUUUGGUGGGUUCUACAUGUAACAUUUUCAUGUAACAUGUCAGCCAUUUAAAAUUUAACUGAACUAUCUUGGUACUUGGUACAUUCUUAGGAAAAUGGUUGUUGAAAUGUUUUUAAGGGUUCAUUUGAUAAGUAAGUAUUCUUGCUAUUCUAAAAGGCUUCUACUUGAAAUCAUUUCUAAAAGGGGAAACACUUUGUUGUAUAGUUCUACAUAGAACCUUAUCAUAAUAUUACCUGGAACCUGUCAAACAUUUAAAAAUUAUUCUUGGUAGUUGGUACACUAAAAAAUGGUCCUUGAAGGGUUGUUUAGGGGUUCUUAACCUACUAAAGGGGUUGCACUUGAAACCCUUUCUGAAUGGGAGACACAGUGUUGGAGGGUUCUACAUAGAGCUUCCAAAGGUUCUCCUAGAGGGACAAAUGAAGAACCCUUACAGAUACACCACACUGUACAUAGAAAAACAUGAACUAAAGUCUUUACCAGUAAACCCACAAGGUGACCGACAAGGUAGAACUCUCCCUGAUACAGUCAUACAACAAACCACACAAACACACACACACUACCAUGUUCAGUGUCACAGCAAUAAGAAUGAACCCAUGCUUAGAGAUAUCGGAUCAGUGGGGGUUCUCCAGUGGUUCCUUUCCCAUGAUAGAUGGUGUAGAGGGGAACAGAUUAAUGCAUAGCAAACAGAUGGACUACAUUCAGUAUACAAUGAGAAUACAGAGCACAGUAUUGGAAUAUGUGAGUGUCUAUGAAAAGCUGAUAAGGAUGAGCAGUUCUGUUUACAAUGUGUACUUUUAUUUGAAUAAGAGCGCAUCAGAAACCCAUACUGUGGAUUUUUUGCAAUUUCCUGUUGUUUGCUUUUAAAUGUGAUUCAUUUGUGAAGACUGAAUAUCUGGGUAAAGAAACAGAAAACAGAAUGGGAGAUUUUUUUUUAAAGUUGCUUCUUCUUGUGUUUGUUUUUCUGUUCUGAUCUAUUUUUUCCAGUAUGUAUUUGUCUGACUAUAUGCAGUAUUAAUAUUGUUUUUCCUGUCCAGAAUAUGCAAAAAUCAGAGAAUAAUCUUAAAGCCAUACAAUGCAUUUACUUGCAAUAUUUGCAAAAUUUUGUUUUGUAUCUAAGACAUUUUUUCUUAAAUAAAAUUACUUUUUUUGACAAUCUAGCGGUGAGAUAAUCAUGUUUAUGUAUUACAAUAUUGAGAUAAAUGUACACUUUGGCCUUCUUUGCUCUAUGGACGCUGCGAUUUUACUGUGGUGCUGAUGUAAGCAUAUUUUAAUAGUAUUUUUGUAAUAAACAAAUGAUGUUGGUCUGUGUAUUGCAUCCAUUUGUUUUUGUUGUUGUUUCAAAAUGAAAAAAAUGCAAAUGAGAUGUUACUUUUUUUUGGCCUUAAAACAAUAAAUAUUACCAAAAGUUAUCCUGUAA